AUGUGGUGCUUGACAUCCGAAAACGAUAAUCGAGUCAUUUAUAUUGUUUCAUCUAAUCAAAUAGUCAUAGGAAGAAAUGUUGAUAACCAAGUAUGUAACUUUGCUAUCCCGAAUGAUGCUUCAAUAAGUAGACGGCAUGUGACGCUGGCCGUAAUUGAUAACGAAUUGUUUUUGCAAGAUUUAGGUUCUAGAUACGGAACUUUCGUCAAUUCCAACAAAGCCGAACACAAUGUAAACAUAAAGUUACAGGAGGAUGAUGUUGUAAAGUUUGGUAAAAUAAACAGUAUAUGGAAAGUUAAAGUCAUAGAUCUUAUAACAUGUACCUCAACAUUGAAGGGAGAAAAUCUCCAGAAUUUGAAACUGACUAUAUCUAAAAUUAAUGGCAUAUUGAAGGGAGAUUGGGAUGACACUUGCAAUUACCUAACUAUGCCUGCUAUUACAUUGACUAUUAAAGUUGUGUUAGCAUUGGUGCAAGGAUCUGAUAUUGUCACUGUCGAUUUUUGGAACAAGUGUCUUGAGAAUGUAACAAAUUUCAAGGCCUUACCAGACCCAACUGAGUACCUGCCGAAAAUAGUGGAAUCCACACUCAAUAAAGAAGUGGUCUCAUUCCUGCCAGAUUCUCGGCGCAAAGCGUUGUUUAAAGGAAAGAAGUUUGUAUUUUUCUCAAAGAGACAGCAUGAAAUGUACAAAAAUGUGUUGAUUAAAAGUGGUGCCACUCCAAUGCUGUUGAGUGAAUGUAGAAUGACAACUUCAAUGUUAUGUGCUGAAAAUGUGAUUGUUAUUCAAUAUAUUGCCACUGGUACCAGUCAAGAAAGUCAAACACAGAAGAAAACAAUCAAUGACAUUGUUGUCCAAUUAAAAAAUAAAGGUAAAAGAGUUGUGGCUGAUGCAGAGAUCGGUCUUGCUAUAUUGUACUGCUCAUUAGACAAAUAUUGUAAUCCUAACUUCAGCUUCACAUCAGAAGUAGUGAAACAAACAUCAGCACCAGUAAAAGAUUCAAAAGUGUUGGCCCCUGAAUCCCAAGACUCUGCAUCUGAACAGAAAAAGGAAAAUGUUGUGAUAGAUGAGAGUUUGAUGUCUGAAGAGCAAGCAAAUGGACAUUCAAAUAAAAGAAAAUUCAGUGAGGAAGGCCAAGUAAAUGCGAACAAGAAGCUAGCUACAUCUUGCUUGGUAGCCAACAUAAAAACUGAAAGUGUUAAGAGAAGACUAUCAGAUGAUGACAAGUCUGUGAACCCCACAAAAAAGGUGGCUAUGGAUAAAGAGAAUAACAGUGAAAUAUUACAAAAUCCACCAGAAACAGUGGAUAAUGACAGUAGCGAUGUAUUUAAUUUUGUAAAAACUGGCUCCACUAAUAAUACAACAGGAAAUAAAGUUAAGAAACUCAAUCUCGCAAGACCACAGAAAAGGAAAAUGAAUGACAAUAAUGAAGAUGAAAAUCUGUUCAACUUUGUUCAAAGUGAGGUUCAAAAUAGUCAGGAGGUCAAGUCUGACACUAAUAAUACUUUCAAACAAAACUUUAGCAUUUUCAACUUGAACAAAAAGAAAAAUGAUUCUGAUGAUGCAGUUGAAGAAAAACAGACUAUUCCUAAAAUCCAGUCGCUUACAGCAGAUGAGAUAUCAGCAAUGAGAGGUUCUAAACUUAAAGAGUUGAUGGAACUUAAUUCCAAUGCAUUACCUACAUUGAAGAAAGAAAAAUCUGAAGAGUUGGAAGAACAAAUGAACAAACUAGAUUUAUGUUGCACUAUAGUCACUGCUUGUAAUAAUUUGAUUGUAAAGCGAGAACAACUUAUUGAAACUGAUAUUAGUGUUGUUCACAAUACUUCUCUUAAGAACUUUAAAAAAUUCAAGAAAGUAUGGCCAAUAAGGAGGUCAAUAAAUGCAUCUUCUAUUAACUUUAGUGAUAACACAGUUGCAUAA